AUGAAGCUGCUGCUGCUGAGAGGAGUUUCAUCUCUGAUUGACUCGCAGUACAAGCGUGUUUUCUCCGUGGGAACUCAUGGCAUCACCACAUACAAUCCCACCACACUAGAAGUGACUAACCAGUGGCCCUACGGUGAUAUCUGCGGCAUCGCUCCGGUCGGGAAAGGCCAGGGAACCGAGUUCAACCUCACUUUCCGCAAGGGCAGCGGGAAGAAGUCCGAAACACUGAAGUUUUCCACUGAGCAUCGCACAGAGCUGCUAACCGAAGCACUGAGGUUCAGAACAGACUUCUCAGAGGGAAAAAUCACUGGAAGACGCUAUAACUGCUUCAAGCAUCACUGGAGCGACGCGCGGAGGAGCGUGUGUUUGGAGGUCACGCCGGGAGGCAUCGAUCAGAUCGACCCUCAGAGCAACCGCGUGAUCUGCUCGUACGACUACCGCUGCGUGGAGGGCUUCGCCGAGCUCUCCGACUAUCAGGGAGGCUUCUGUGUGCUGUAUGGAGGCUUCGGCAGACUGCAUCUGUUUGCGUCCGAGCACCGUGACGAGAUCAUUCGCAGUGCGAUCGAACACGCCGGGAGCUUCAUCGGCAUCACGCUGCGCCUGCGUAAGGAGCUUCUGAGCUUCGAGGGCUUCCUCGGCGAGCGUCUGGGGAAGUACGGUUCGGACGAGUGCAUCACCUCACUGACCGAGUUCAUCGUGCAGAAGAUCACGCCGCGGCACACGGAGCCUGUGAGGAGGAUCCUGGCGCUCACAGAGACGUGUCUGGUGGAGCGAGACCCUGCCUCUUACAACAUCGUCACCCUCAAGCCCUUCGGAGAGGUGUUCGCUCUCAUCUGUGACGCAGACAAUCCUCAGGUGUUCACCGUCGAGUUCAUCCGCGGUCAGAUACGCAAGUACUGCUCCACAGAAAGGGACUCUCUGCUGGCGAGUCUGCUGGACAGCGUGCGGGCGUCGGGGAACAGGGACGUGUGUGUGAAGAUGGCCCCCACACACAGGGGCCAGCGCUGGGGCCUCCUCAGCAUGCCUGUGGAUGAGGAGGUGGAGAGCCUGCACCUGCGCUUCCUCGCUGCUCCUCCCAAUUGUAAUUUUGCAGAUGCAGUGUUCAGAUUUAACGGCAACAUCUCUUACAGUGGAGUAAUACACGCCGUCACUCAAGACGGUCUUUUCUCAGAGAACAAAGAGAAACUGAUCAGCAAUGCCAUCCUGGCGCUCUUAUCUCAAGAUGUGGAGCUGCCGGGGCCCAACUCUGAGCUGGAGGCCCAGUUCCAGGCCCUCAGGCGUCUGGUGGCGUCCAAAGCCGGAUUCCAGGCCUUCACACAGCUGCCAAAGUUUAGAGAGAAGUUGGGAGUGAAAACUGUUAAAGCACUGAAGAGAAACCACAACGGCGUGACGCACGCAGCUAUAGACAUGCUGUGUGCUCUCAUGUGUCCGAUGCACGAUGACUUCAUGUAUUUGGUCCUUCUGUCACAGCAUCCGUCUAUGGCCAUCGUCAAAGGCGCGGGUCUGAUCAUGAAGGCCAUCAUUGAGGAGGGAGAUAAGGAGAUCGCUAGUAAGAUGCAGGAGCUGGCUCUGAGUGAAGGAGCUCUUCCCAGACACCUGCACACCUCCAUGUUCACCAUCAGCGCUGACCAGCGGAUGCUCACCAACAGGCAGCUGAGUCGUCAUCUGGUGGGUUUGUGGACCGCAGAAAACUCCACGGCCCUGAACCUGCUCAAGAGGAUCCUGCCCACCGGUCUGCUGGCGUAUCUGGACAGCUCUGACCCCGUGCCUGAGAAGGACGUCGAUAGGAUGCACAUACGUGACAACGUCAAGAUUGCCACGGACCAGUUUGGCAGGAAUAAAGUCCCGGAGUGGCAGCGUAUCGCGGGUAAAGCUGCUAAAGAGGUGGAGAAGUUCGCCAAAGAGAAGGCCGACAUCGUGCUGCUGCACUGGAGAGAUAAGAUGGGCAUCGCUCAGAAGGAGGACAGGAAUAACCUGAACGCAAACCAGAAGCCGGUCAUCCUGAGGAAGAGACGGCAGCGGAUCAAGAUCGAGUCCAACUGGGAGCUUUUCUACUACAAGUUCCAGCUGGAUCACGCUCGCUCUAACCUGAUCUGGAACCUGAAGACGCGUGAGGAGCUGCGGGACGCUCUGGAGGCAGAGAUGCGCUCCUUCGGUGUGGACCGCGAGCUUGGCAGCGCUAGCGUCAUCUCCUGGAACCACCAGGAGUUCGAGGUGAAGUACGAGUGCCUCUCUGACGAGAUUAAGAUCGGGGAUUAUUACCUGCGUCUGCUGCUGGAGGAGGAUGAGAGCAAGGAGUCUGGAGCCAUCAAGAGAUCGUACGAGUUCUUUAACGAGCUCUACCAUCGCUUCCUGCUGACUCCUAAAGUGGCCAUGAAGUGUUUGUGUCUGCAGGCGCUCACCAUCGUCUACGGGAAGUGCUGCGAGGAGAUCGGACCGUUUGCUGACACCAAGUACAUCGUGGGCAUGCUGGACCGGUGUACAGACAAGCUGGAGAGAGACAGACUCAUCCUCUUCCUCAACAAACUCAUCCUCAACAAGAAAAAUGUGAAGGAUGUGAUGGACUCUAACGGAGUGCGUAUACUAGUGGAUGUGCUCACCCUCGCUCACCUUCACACCAACAGAGCCACUGUCCCGCUGCAGAGUAAUGUGUUGGAGGCUUCUCCAGACAUGAAGCGUGAGAGCGAGAAGGAGUGGUACUUCGGGAACGCAGAUAAAGAGAGGCGAGGGCCUUUCGGCUUUGAGGAGAUGCAGGAGUUCUGGAGCGCCGGGACGCUGACGGCCAAGACACGCUGCUGGGCUCAGGGCAUGGACGGCUGGCGGCCGCUGCAGGCUAUCCCACAGCUGAAGUGGAGUCUGCUGGCCGCAGGACAGGCCGUGAUGAACGAGACGGAUCUGGCCACGCUCAUCCUCAACAUGCUCAUCACCAUGUGCUCCUACUUCCCCAGCCGGGACCAAGAUAAUGCCAUUAUCAGGCCUUUACCAAAGGUGAAGAGACUCAUCAGUGACAGCACCUGCCUGCCGCACAUCGUCCAGCUGCUCUUGACCUUUGACCCCAUCCUGGUGGAGAAAGUAGCUAACCUGCUGUACCUGGUGAUGCAGGACAACCCUAACCUGCAGCGGCUCUACCUCACCGGAGUCUUCUUCUUCAUCAUGAUGUACACCGGCUCCAACGUGCUGCCCGUGGCACGGUUCUUGAAAUACACUCACCUGAAGCAAGCCUUUAAAUCAGAGGAGGCUAAAGGUCAGGACAUCGUUCAGAGGAGCGUGUUGGGCUCGAUGCUGCCGGAGGCCAUGGUGUGUUACCUGGAGAACUACGAGGCCGAGCGCUUCUCCGAGAUAUUCUUGGGAGAGUUUGACACGCCUGAAGCCAUCUGGAGCAGUGAGAUGAGGCGUCUGAUGAUCGAGAAGAUCGCCGCUCAUCUGGCAGACUUCAGUCCUCGUCUGCAGAGUAACACUCGCGCUCUCUAUCAGUACUGUCCCAUUCCUGUGGUCAGCUUCCCUCAGCUGGACAACGAGCUCUUCUGCAACAUCUAUUACCUGCGGCACCUGUGUGACUCCAGCCGCUUCCCCGACUGGCCCAUACGAGACCCGGUGAAGCUGCUGAAGGACACUCUGGACGCCUGGAAGAGAGAGGUGGAGAAGAAGCCGCCCUCCAUGUCUGUGGAUGACGCCUAUGAAGUGCUGAACCUCCCUAAAGGACAGGGACAGCAUGAAGAGAGUAAAAUAAGGAAAGCUUACUUCAGAUUGGCCCAAAAAUACCAUCCAGACAAAAAUCCGGAUGGCAGGGACAUGUUUGAGAAGGUCAACAAAGCCUACGAGUUCCUGUGCACCAAAUCGGCCCGUAUUGUGGACGGUCCUGACCCAGAGAACAUCAUCCUGAUCCUCAAAGCCCAGAGCAUCCUGUUCAACAGACACAAGCAGGAACUGGAGCCGUAUAAAUACGCCGGCUACCCCAUGCUAAUUAAGACCAUCACCAUGGAGACGGGUGACGGGCAGCUGUUCUCCAAGACCUCGGCUCUAUUACCUGCUGCUGCUGAGCUGGCCUUCCACACCGUCAACUGUUCAGCGCUGAAUGCGGAGGAGCUGCGGCGGGAGAACGGCAUCGAGGUGCUGAUGGAGGCUCUGUCUCGCUGCGUGUCUGUGCUCACCGCCUCCAGCAGACCGGAGGACAUGGCAGUGCAGGUGUGCGGGCACGUCUGCAGGUGCUAUAGCGUUGCUGCUCAGUUCGAGGAGUGCAGAGAGAAGAUAGUCGAGCUUCCCAACAUUAUUAGAGAUGUUUGUCACAUUCUCUACUACAGCAAGGGUCUGCCGCGCUUGGCGUCUCUGGCGGUGGAGUGCGUCAGCUCCUUCGCGGUGGACUUCUUCCUGCAGACGCACCUGUACCAGGCUGGAGUUCUGUGGCACCUGCUCUUCACGCUCUUCAGCUACGACUACACGCUGGAGGAGAGUGGCGUCCAGGCCAGCCAAGACACCAACCAGCAGCAGGUGUGCAACAGCCUGGCCAAGCUGAGCGUGGGGGCCCUCGGGCGGCUGGCGGGGUACAGCGGGGCCCAGGGCCCAGAGGAGGGCCCCCCCGGGGAGCCCAACGGCGGAGGAGCCGCAGCACACCUUCCAGAGAACCCCGCCAUCCGGAAGAGCCUGGCUGCCAUGCUGACGCCCUACAUCUCACGCAGACUGGGCCGCAGCACGCCCGCGGAGGUCCUGAAGCUGCUGAACAGUAACUCGGAAACGCCGUACUUGAUCUGGAACAACGGCACGCGAGCGGAGCUGAUGGAGUUCCUGGAGGAGCAGCAGGAGAGCAACAUCAAGAGAGGCGAGUGCGACACGAGCUUCGGCUCAGAGUUCCUGUUCAGUGAACACGGGAAGGAGCUGAUCGUGGGAGAGAUCUUCGUUAGGGUUUAUAACGAGCAGCCUGCGUUUCCUCUGGAGUAUCCGAAGGCGUUUGCAUCGAGUCUGCUGGACUAUGUGGGCUCUCAGGCUCAGUAUCUGCACACGCUGCUGGCGAUGACGCAGACUAAUAAAGUGGAGUCGCAGCAGCACGCUCAGAGACUGCGCUGGGCCGAGAUGGCGCUGGAAGCUCUCCGCAACGUCAUCAAGAACAACCCAGGCUCUGAGACGGAGUGCAUCGGUCACUUCAAGCUGCUCUUCUCUCUGCUGAGGGUCCACGGCGCCGGAAGAGUCCAGCAGCUGGCUUUAGAGGUGGUGAACACGGUCACAUCAAACCAGGACUGCGUGGUCAACAUCGCUGAGUCUCUGGUUCUGCCCAAUCUGCUGGUGCUGCUGCACUCCUUACCCUCCAGCCGUCAGCUGGUGCUGGAGACGCUUUACGCUCUGACCUCCAACACCAAGAUCAUCACUGAGGCCAUGAACAGAGGUGCGCUGAUCUACCUGCUGGAUCUGUUCUGUAACUCCACCCAUCCUCAGGUGCGCACGCAGACAGCUGAGCUCUUCUCCAAGAUGACCUCGGACAAGCUGGUGGGGCCCAAGGUGCGUCUGACGCUGAUGCGCUUCCUGCCGGCCGUGUUCAUGGACGCCAUGCGUGAUAACCCCGAGGCGGCGGUGCACAUAUUCGAGGGAACGCACGAGAACCCCGAGCUGAUCUGGAACGACAGCUCGAGAGAGACCGUCUCCACCAGCGUCAGAGAGAUGAUGCUGGAGCACUUCAAGCAGCAGAAAGACAAUCCUGACGUCAGCUGGAAGCUGCCGGAGGAUUUCUCGGUGGCCUACGGAGCGGGUCAGGGCGAGCUGGAGGUCGGCGGGGUGUUCCUGCGGAUCUUCAUCUCUCAGCCCGGCUGGGUUUUACGGAAGCCCAGAGAGUUCCUGGUGUCGUUGAUGGACACUCUGACCGCACUGCUGGAGAAGAAUAACCCGAACGGUGAGGCUCUGGAGACGGUGAGCACCGCAGCCGUGUGCCUCUUCAGCACGCAGAUGCAGCUGGCUGAUCAGGUUCCUCCUCUCGGUCAUCUGCCUCGUGUCCUGACCGCGCUCAGCCACAAGAACAACGCCGUGCCCAAGAGUGCCAUCCGACUCAUCCACGUGCUCUCAGACAACGAGCUGUGCGUGCGCUCCAUGGCAGCGUUAGACACCAUCGGCCCGCUGAUGACGGGGAUGAAGCUCAGGGCUGAUAUGGCAGGACUGGCCUGUGAAGCUCUGAACCGCAUGUUCCAGCGAGAGCAGACUGAACUGGUCGCACAGGUUGUGGUUGGCAAGAGUUAG